CAAAAGCAGCUCACAGCCCAGCUCAUCCCUUCCUGCGAGACCUGCGCUGCAGGGAUGUGGGAAGCAACAGGGGAGCAGCAAAUCAGUGGGAGGAAAAGCUCUCCACGCACACAGCAGAACAAGGAAGAGAAACUAGCCAUGGACUAUACUCUGGAGGCCACCUGGAGGAAGGAGAAACUUCUGAAGACUGUUUACACGCUCCAAAUGAAAUCAGACACUACACUCCAGAAGGCAAGCCCACUUCUGAGCAACCAUCAUGGGAUGGGCAUGGUGACAGAACAUCAAGUCCACCAGCUGGCUGAGAAGGCAAAGGUCAUCUGCCACGACCUGGACAACAUCAGAAACCUCCUCCACUACCGACAAAAUGACCUGGUUCAGCAGAUCCCCAACCCCAAUGGCUGCCGCUAUGGGGGACCAAGUGGAAUCCAUUGCUCGCUGGAUGGCUCUAUCUAUGUGACUAGUGAGAAUGCACCCUGGGUCCACAUCCUCACUCGCUCGGGUCAGACUUUGCAGUCCUUACCAUGUGUGGAACAGGGAAAGGAAAGUGAAUCCUUUUUGCCAGAAGAUGUGACUGUGACUCGGGCAGGGAUGGUAGCUGUAACGGACAUGAUGAAUGGGACCAUCCACAUCUUCAACCAUCACUCCAAAUUUUCCAAAGGGGAGUGGAUCAAAAUCGGGAAGGUUGAUUCUCCCAGGGGUAUUGGAGUGGACUCCACAGGAAGGAUCCUGGUAGCAGACUACACUCAGGGCAAAGUCCACAGUUUUGCUCUGGACCAUGCCUUCAGGAUACAGAAUACCCACUCCGUCUCCAACCUGCGUGGACCCCGCUAUGUCUGCUUGGCACGUGAUGGCGGGUUCAUUGUGAGCGAGGAAUGUGGUGACGUGAAGCUCUUCAAUAGCAACCAUAAGCUGGUGGGCUCCCUUGGCUGCAGAUACGGGCACCAGUUUGGCAACCCAGCUGGGGUCUGUGCCGACGUAGAAGGCAACAUAAUUGUGGCAGAUGAACAGCACCGAGCAGUCCACCUGUUCCCCAAGAGCGGGUCUCCCAUCUGCCUGGUUUCUAAGGGGCUGCGGAAGCCUGCAGGAGUGGCUUGUUCCAACUCUGGGCUGCUUUUAGUAGCAGACUCUGGGGAUAAUUGUGUCAACGUCUUUAAAUACCGUGUGAGACCCCCCUAUAGUUCCGAUAAUCCUUGGGUGGCCAGUGACAGUCCAAAGCCAAGUCCUAGAAAGGGCUCAACGAUUCUGCAUUGAAACCAUUUAUUUCAGUUAUGUGAUUGCCUUACAGUGACAUCUGCUGGCAGAGACAAGAACUGGGACCCCAGAAUUCUACCUGAGUUAUUUGGAUUGGGUCACCUCCACUACAGUAGCUUAAGAUGUGUCAUGAUUACUCAGAAUUCCCUCUCAUCCCUCCUGCACAUAAAGGCUAUUCCCUUCCAGAUGCUAGUAUAGAUACCUGUCAUCAACACAUACCAAUCUCAGACUGGCUGGGUCUUCACAUUUAUGGAAUCAAGGAAGAUGGUGUGAAUUGAGAAUCAAGCCUAGGUCAGGAACAGGGUAGCAUUGUCCAUUGUGUGUAGUUCACAAUAGCCUUCAUCAGGAUGGAGUUAAACAUUAAAGAUAACUGAUUAUUUGUGGGUCA